UCAGCGAAGGAAAUGAGAGCUCUCGUCGCUAUUCUCUGCCUUAUGGCACUAUGCCAUGCAGCAAUGCUCGAUGAGCUGGAGAUGCAGAAGGAGGUUCAGGAGUUCCAUCACAUGAACGGCAUGCUCCAAGAGUUCAUGAAUAAGGGGCUCAUCGGGAAUCAUCACCAUGGUACCAAGGCCGGCCUCACCUGCGGGAUGAACAUCAUCGAGAGAGUCGACAAGCUGUGCAAUGGGCAGUGCACUCGGAACUAUGAUGCACUCGUCAUCAAGUCCUGCCACCGCGGAGUCUCGGACAUGGAGUUCAUGGUGGCAUGCUGCCCAACCAUGAAGCUAUUCAUUCACUAAGAGCACAAAAUAACGGAGCAUGAGCACAACUCAAAUAACAACUCAAAAAUAAUCAGCGUAAAAUUGGACAAUUCUAUAUUAACAUUUAAUCAAUAAAUUUUGGGAAUAACGCCG